AUGGCGCCCUCCCUAGAAGAGCCAGUACAGGUCGAUUUCGAAGCGCCACUCAAGGCUGCGCCGAAACUCGUUGCGCCUGAGCCAGAACACUGUCCUGGUCCCGAAUCCCUCACAGCCGGUCAAGCAGAUUCAUGCGCAGGAUGUCCCAACCAGUCAAUAUGCGCCUCCGCACCCAAGGGCCCCGAUCCCGAUAUACCCAUCAUAACCGCACGACUCUCCUCGGUGAAGCACAAGAUCCUGGUCCUCUCCGGUAAAGGCGGCGUCGGAAAGUCGACCUUCAGCACAAUGCUAUCACAUGGCUUCGCAUCGAAUCCGUCAUCGACGGUCGGGCUCAUGGACACAGACAUCUGCGGACCCAGCAUACCAAAGAUGAUGGGUGUGGAAGAAGAGACAAUACACGUCAGCGGAGAAGGAUGGGAGCCGGUAUGGGUCAGCGAGAACCUCGGAGUCAUGAGCGUACAGUUCAUGCUACCAAACCGCGACGAUGCAGUAAUAUGGCGAGGCGCAAAGAAGAACGGUCUGAUUAAGAAAUUCCUCAUGGACGUAACUUGGGGGGAACUGGACUUUCUGAUCGUCGACACACCACCGGGCACAUCCGACGAACAUCUCUCUGUAAACUCGUUCCUCAAAGCCAGCGGCGUCGAUGGCGCGGUCCUCGUUUCCACACCCCAAGAAGUCUCGCUCCUCGAUGUUAGGAAGGAGAUUGAUUUCUGCCGGAAAGCCGGCAUACCUAUACUGGGCAUCGUGGAGAAUAUGAGCGGGUUUGUCUGCCCGGGUUGCAAACAUGAGUCUCAGAUAUUCAGAGCGAGUACGGGUGGUGCAGCAAGGCUGGCUAAGGAUCAAAAUAUACCCUUCUUGGGCAAGGUACCACUGGACCCGAGGAUAGGCAUGGCAUGCGAUUUUGGAGAAAGUUUCUUGACGGCGUACCCAGACAGCCCGGCAUGUGCUGCUAUCAAAGAGGUUGUCAGGAGAGUUGGGGAGGAGAUUGGGCUGAGUAGGGAAGAGGUGUUGCCUGUGGAUGAAGAGGAAGUCUGA